AUGCCUCAAGCUCAGCCUGAAUUGAAGAAGUACAUGGAGAAGCGGGUCUUCUGCCAACUGAACGGCAACCGCAAAGUUAUCGGUAUCCUUCGAGGCUACGAUGUAUGUUCACACCCCAUGACUUUGUCUUUGCGAUGUCGGGUUGCUCCCUGGCGCGCCGUGGAAGCCGGGAGGAAGACGGUACCGAUCAAGCGCGGAAUAACUGACGAUACUUUUGCGCAGGUCUUCAUGAACAUUGUUCUGGAUGAGGCAUUCGAGGAGAAGGAUGGCGGAGAGAAGGUCUCCAUUGGCAUGAUCGUCAUUCGCGGUAACUCCGUCGUCAUGCUUGAGGCCCUUGAGCGCAUUACCGAUAAAUAA